GUGUUUUUUUUUUUUUUCCCACCUGCUUGUCUUUGUUGUUUACAUUGUAACCUUUUGUACCGCUGUUAGACAAAACAAUGCCUGAACCGUCAAAGUCGGCCCCCGCCCCGAAAAAGGGCUCGAAGAAGGCCAUCAGUAAGGCUCAGAAAAAGGAUGGCAAGAAGCGCAAGCGCAGUCGCAAGGAGAGCUAUUCCAUUUAUGUGUACAAGGUGCUCAAACAGGUGCACCCAGACACAGGCAUUUCGUCCAAGGCCAUGGGCAUCAUGAACUCCUUCGUCAACGACAUCUUCGAGCGCAUCGCAGGCGAGGCAUCGCGCCUGGCGCACUACAACAAGCGCUCCACCAUCACGUCGCGGGAGAUCCAGACUGCUGUGAGGCUGUUGCUGCCCGGGGAGCUGGCCAAGCACGCUGUCUCCGAGGGCACCAAGGCCGUCACCAAAUACACCAGCUCCAAAUGAGCGUGCCUGGCUGCUGCCCCCAACCCAAAGGCUCUUUUCAGAGCCACCCACUUUAUCCAAAGAGAGCUGUAACUAUUGUUUCUUACAUUUCUUGAUUUGAGUUCGGUUACAGCAAAUGACCAUUAGAUCUUAACAAUAACAUCCAAAAGGCCAAUUUCACCUUUUCAGUUCAGGUCUAUCCACCCCCACCCCUUAAUAGCUACUGGGCGGUUUUUAAAUUACUUGGGCAUGCCCACCACUCCCUUUUUUUUCUAAUAGCACUUUUCUUACUGGUCUGAAGUUCCAUAGCGGUUCAGGUAUCUGUCAGGGGGUUUUGGAAGGUGAGGUUCUUUUUGGGUCUUUUGGGGGUGGGCUUAGGGAAUCCUGGUUGAUGUGUUAGAGCUAGACCUUUCUUCUUGCUGUGUAAUAGCAUAGGGGCACCACUAAGUGAAACUGCUUUUGGGUACCUUAUUGGAGUAUGCCUGUAGUUCUUUUAACAAUGGAAUUCCAUAUUUCAAGUUGUAAUUAUUUGCUGACAUUAGCGACUACUCCAAAACCAUUAAAAUUUUCCUCCUAUUCCAGAAAUCCUGGGGUCCUUUGUUGCUGAAGCCUAGAAUAGAGUUAAGAGCGUUGGCAGGAUCUCAGAGAAGGACAAAGGGUUUGAAUUUCCCAGCUUUGUUCCUCUGGAGCCGCUUAGAGCCCACGGGGAGGAUCCCUUAAUUGGAAGAGAAACAACUGGUUUCCUCCACAAGCCUUCUCAAAAGUCAGCAUCUCCAAAAAUGAGGACU